AAGCUGCCCCUCAGGAAGCUGCCAAGAUCUUUGGCCUGUCCAGGGAACCACUGCUUGCAUGGAGAAGGAGGUGCUCACAGCAGCUCCUGCACAGGACACACAUGUGUCUGCUCACAGAAAGCUUGUACUUGCCAAGGACAGGGGGAAAUUGUGCCCUGUGACACUGCCUUACAAGCGAUGGAGGACGAGUGGGACAUCUGGAAUGGCAGUGACAGACACAAGACCAAACGAGCUCCUGCUGUUUCCAGUGAGAGCACAGGCAAAGACAAUCGAUUCUUCCCCCUCUGCUUUCCAGAGAAGCUUUGGAAAAUGCUGGAAAGUGACCAGUUUCGGUCCAUUUGGUGGAGUGAGGGUGGAAAAUGUGUGGCCAUCAACAAAGAUCUCUUUGAAGUGGAGGUGCUGGGCAGGGGAGUUUGCCAGCGGGUUUUUAACACGCAGCACAUCAGGAGUGUUAUUCGCCAGCUGAACCUCUAUGGAUUCACCAAAGUGCAGCGGGAUUUCCAAAGAUCUGCCUCUCUGCCUGAAUUCCUGGCAGAGGAAGCAGCAGCUUCUGCUCAUAGCCAGAUCCUCUACUACUAUAACCCCAGCUUCAACAGAGCGCAUCCCUGGCUGUUGGGAACAUGCAAAAGGAGAGCUGCCCUCAAACAGAGAGCCCUGUGUGCAGCAGGGUUGGAUGAAAGGCCUCUCCAAAAGCCCACAUGGUCAGUGUGGAGGGACACGCAGGAGUCAGCUGAAGCCCAUCCAUCUCCACUGACAGCUGCUCCCAUGCUUCUAGAGCCUUCUGGAGCACUGUAUGGAUAUGAAAUCUAA